UACAUUCUUAACCCUUUCCUGUGUUCAUUCUGUACAUGUUUCCUGUUGGAAAUACCACACUAUUAUUUAUUUAUAAUAAAAAGUCUAAUGUAAUCACAGUCAGACAGAAACUGAAGCUGGAAAGUUGUAGAGGUGGCGUACCAUGGACUAGACGCUCUUGAUUCAGCGGUCACAUACGUUUUUUUCUUCAUUUCAUUACGCCGAAACCGAGGUUAAAAAGCUGUGGGAACGCGUUUAGGAAGAGGGGGAUGGAUUAAAGGGAAGGGGUAGCCUUCUGGAAACGGCAGGGUGUUUCCUCAACUUUAUAGGAAGAGUUUAAUCAAAUGUUAAUAGACUUUAAGUAGGAUUCACCGCGGGUGGACCGCGAAUCAACAGCACCUAGAACACAGAAAGCGAAAAAACGCAAUGUCGGGAGCUGUGCAUGGUUUGGAAUAGAGUGAGAGAUGGAGGGGGAGACUGAGAAGGAGCUGGCAGAGGAGAAGGAGAGCGAUGACACGGGACAGUCCGGUGAGGAAGAGGAAGGAGGGACGCUGCGUCGCAAGACUUCUGAGUGUGACGAACAGGACCAGGACCUACCCAUAAUGCACUGGGAGGACCUGAGCCUGAGGAUCGCUGAGCUGGAGAAACAAGAGGAGGAGAGGAGGGAAAGGGCAAAGAGCGCGAGCGGGUCGGAGCUGCUGACGGGAUCGGAGGGGAGUACGGACGAGAGGCAGGGGGGCGCGAGGAGGCAGGGGGGCGCGAGGAGGCAGAGCGGGGAGGACGAGGUGGAGCCUAGAAGCUGUCGGGUCACUGUGAUCACUUCUCGGUUUACCCAUCAUAAAAACCUACAGCUGUGCUAUAUCAACAAUAGUGAAAGCGAUGAAGAGGAGGCAGGAACUGGGAAAGAGGGCUCUACAGGAGCAAGUAGCAAAGGCUACCACCCUUCUGGUCUGAAGCAGGAAGUGAAGGUUGCACUGAGGGCGCUACGGGACAAGCUGUGGGCAGAACAGAAAGAGAAGGAGCAUCUCGCCAGCUGUACCACUGCGACCAGGAGGACGCACCUGGACCUCCGUGACCUCCGGCUCUGCUCUCUCCAGCACCUGCACUCCCUCAGGGUGUCCCUCAGCCAGGAUGUACAGGACCUGAGCUCAGAACUGGUGUGCCACCUGCUGGAGAGGGACCAGCUAAGGACCAAACAGGACGCCAUGCUCAUGGAUGUACAGGAUCUGACGUAACACUCGCAAACAGGAUGUGACAUCAGGACAGGAUGUUGACGCAUGAAUGCUGACGGACACAGGACGUUAGACAGAGCAGCAGGAGAGCGCUCUGGGAUCUCUGGGGGUCGACGCGCUCGUUCGCAGGGAAGUCCGUUUGAAUCUCUUAGCGACUGUUGGAACAAACACUCCGAAGUGUGAACAAUGAUACGUUGGGAAGGAUUACACAGGAUUACGUCAAGAUAUCUAUAUCGUAAAGAAUAUGGAUAGUCUAUCUGAUCCUUUAUUAGUUGCAUCGUUAUCAAAUGUAUUGCAACAGGACGUACAGUAUGUUUAUUUGUACUCACGCACUUAACAAUAUGGAGUCGUAUUAGACGGAUGUUUUGAUAUUAGACGGAUGCUUAACAUCUGUUCUGAUUAGUCUGACACCUUCCAAGGAGCAGAAAGCCCUGGGAGAAGUCCAUCGCUAAGUGAAAGCACUUCUAUAAACACCACCCAGCUUUGCUUUGUAUUACCUACAAACAAAUAAGGGAUGCUACUUUGUCACCAUGUUUUAUUGUGUUUAAGUGUAUAAGGGAAUAGUCCACUCAUAGUGUGUUAACAAUGUAAUACACACAAGCUAAGGGAUUGGAAUUCGGGGUGAAUGUCCAACAAAUAUUUUAUGUCAAUUCAAGGAAGGGAAGCCUUGAUUCUGCCACUGACAGGGACUGGUCCACUUGUGGUGUGGUACAGUAGUUAGUAUCAGUUGUUAACCUUUGAUAUAAUGAUCUUGACAUGUUUGUACCUGUUAUUACCCACCUAUGAUACUAGCGGGGGUUUACGACCAUAACUGCCAUUUUCGUAGGAACUACCUGCUACUUCCUAUGAUGUCCUGUGCCUUACUUAGCAGCCGUUCCAUUUCAGCGAGGUCUCAGCCGUUCACGCGUAUGAAAAAGGCAUAAGCCUAGAUCGAAGGAUUGAUAGCCAUAGACACGAGUCCCUUUCCUAUUGUCUUGAAUUUAAAGGCCAUUUUCAUUUUUUUUAUCUCUAAAGUAUUGUUUUUUUCAGUAUUGACUUUGUAUUACUAAUUUAGGAUUUAAUAAACUGUAAAUGGGUACUGU